UUGAUUUAUAUGGAGUCGCCUCUGAUCUUAAAUCCCGAAACGAAUUCCGAUAGAUCCAUAGAGUCCAGAAGGAAGAAGAAGAAACUCUCGAACCCAAGGCGGAGCCAAAACCAGAACCAGAUGAGAUGGAAUUCCCCAGCCGAACAACAGAAUUACUCCUCAAAGCUCAUCGAAGCCUUGCGUCAAGUUCGCCGCAAUCGUAAUCCUUCAGCUUCACUCGAAGCGCCGACUGCCGCUCCUUCUUCCUCUUCUAAUUCUCCUUCUCGUGCGGAAUCUGUCCCACGGGGCGGCCGUGCCGUGCGUGAAGCAGCCGACAGGGCUUUAGCCAUAGCGGCCAAGGGACGAACGAGGUGGAGCAGAGCAAUCCUAAAGAGCCGUCUCAAGUUGAAAUUCAAGAAGAGGAGGAUACAGAGGGUGGCGGCCGUCGCCGGCGACAACCCAUCGAAGAGACGAGCAGUCAGCGUCAUUGGAUUGAACUUGAAAGAGAAAAAGAGAUCGACAGGGGCUCAGGUGCAGCGAAAAAUUCGUGUACUGGGACGGUUAGUUCCAGGUUGCCGGAAACUCUCAUUGCCGAACCUAUUGGAGGAAACUACGGAUUACGUAGCAGCGUUGAAGAUGCAGAUCAGAGCCAUGACCGCUCUCACCAACCUUCUCUCCGUCUCCUCCGCCGGUGCUUCGCCCAUCGAUCGUGUCGGCUCGACUCAACCACCCACCCAGAGCUGAUUGGUCGCUCGCUCCCCUGCCAAGU